AUGCGCCUCCGCGCCGCCGCUGCCGCCCUCUGCCUCUGUCUGCUGGGCGCCUGCCGCCUCCGCCGAGGACUGGAGGCUGCCGCCGUGCGAGGCCCGCCGGCGGCCGCUCCCCAGCGACCCUCGGCAGCCGCGCCUUCCUCCUCCUCCGUCUCCUCCUCCUCCUCCUCCGCCUCCCCCUUCUCCUCCCCGACGCGGAGGGACGGGGCUCUCCGCAACGGCACCGUGGUGCCGCACCACUACAUGGUGGCCCUAUACCAGCGCCUGGCCACCCGCCGCAUCCCUGGCCGCCGCGCCGACACGGUGACGGGCUUCGCGGAGCGGGCGCGCAGCGAUGCCUCUUUGUCCGCCCCCGAGCAGCAAUACCUCUUCGACAUCUCCAGCCUGCCUGAGGCAGAGGAGGUGACAGGCGCAGAGCUAAGGAUCCUGCGUGCUCUCCCUGAGAAUCGGAGCUUGGCCCUCUCCCGCGAAGGCAUCUUCCACCACCUCCUCCUCUCCACCUGCCCGAGUCAGGAUGGCAAGGAGCCCAAGCUGCUGGAAUCCAGGGCUGCAGACAUUUUGGAUGCAAGCUCCUCCAGAUGGGAGGUGUUUGAUGUCUGGGAAGGACUUCAGGACUGGAGGAAGAGAUCUUCCUCGAGUGAACUGCUGUGCUUCCUGCUAAGGAUUGUCUCGGAUCAGUCGGGGAGGCUCCUACCACCCCGGCAGCUGGGAUUCAGCAAGCCCCGGCCACAGCCCCAUGAGCGAGCCCUGCUUGUGGCCUUUUCCCACACACAAAGGAAGGAGAACCUGUUCAAGGAGAUCCGGGAUAAGAUCAAGGCUCUGGGAAGUCCUCCUUUCCUGGAGCCCCCUGAUCCUGGCCAGGAGGUGUACUUCAAGCGGAGGAAGAGACGGACCACCAUUGCUGCCCGCUCUGGCGGCAGAGGCCAUGGGAAGAAGGCGAAGACUCGCUGCAGCAGGAAGCCCCUGCAUGUGAACUUCAAGGAGCUGGGCUGGGACGACUGGAUAAUUGCACCCCUGGAUUAUGAGGCAUAUCAUUGUGAGGGGGUCUGUGACUUCCCUUUGCGCUCCCACCUAGAGCCCACCAACCAUGCCAUCAUCCAGACCUUGAUGAAUUCCAUGGACCCAGAGUCCACACCCCCCAGCUGCUGUGUGCCCUCCAAGCUUAGCCCCAUCAGCAUCCUCUACAUAGACUCUGGGAACAAUGUAGUUUACAAACAGUAUGAGGACAUGGUCGUGGAGACUUGUGGCUGCAGGUAGCAAUUUCUGCAGCUCUUGACCUUCUCACUCCACCCAGCAACCC